UAGGGGCACUAGGGGUUUUGGAUUAAAAUGGAUUUUCCAGUGUUGGGUUUCCUUGUGUUAAUUCUCCAACUUGUUGGUGGGAUGCUUGCACGUGACAAUAUUUUCUAUGAUGAGAACUAUGAAGUCAACUGGGGAUUUGAUCAUUUCAAAUCUUUGUAUCGAGGGAGAGAAGUCGAGCUUUCCUUGGAUAAUAGUUCGGGCGCAGGGUUAUAUCCAAGCUAAGCUAUGGUUCUGGGUUCUUUCACAUGAGGAUUAGAUUACCAGAAGCCUGGAAUACUGCUGAUGUUUGCACAACUUUUUAUCUAACUUCAGGCGAUGAACCUCAUCAGGAUGAGCUGGACUUUGAGCUUUUGGGAAGCAAACCAGGGGGGGAAAAAUUCUUGCUGACAAAUGUUUUUAUAGAUGGUCAGGGCGGUAGAGAGGAAACCAUGACAUUUUGGUUUGACCCCACUACUGAGUAUCAUGACUACCAAAUUCUUUGGAACCACCAUCAAAUUGUAUUUUAUGUUGACAAAUUCCCAAUUAGGAUUUUCAAGAACAACAAAAAAUUUGGAGUUCCCUACAUAUCAAAACCAAUGAAAAUACAAGCAAGCUUGUGGAACGCAGAGUGGGCAACUCGUGAUGCAGAUAUAGAUUGGAGAUAUGCACCUUUUAAAGCUCACUAUGAAGGAUUUGACGUAAACGGCUGCACACCACAGAACUCCAUCAAAGACUGUUAUGGGCACAGAUAUUGGUGGAACAGUAGGAAGCAUUGGGAACUUGACUCCAACGAACGACAAAAAUACGAGGAUAUUAGAAGAUUUUUGGUGUAUGACUACUGUUCAGCUGGUUUUCCAAGGAAACCAGAGUGCGAUCUGAAUGGAUAGAUUGAGGAAGUUUCACCCCUAGAAAAAGGGACAAAGGCCACGAUCCAUAGGCACAGUUUAAUAACAGUAGGUUUUUCUUACAUAUAUCGAUAUAACAAAUAAAAAAAUAAAUUG